UUGACAUUUGACACAUGUCAAACCAUCAAUAUGGCGGCUUCGGUUACUGAAUUUGAGCCAUGGCUAAAUGAUAAAUUAAAAUCAUUAAAUACAGAUGAAGGAGUCUUUGGAUCAUACAUAUCAGGUAUUCUUGAUGCGGAAGAUACUUUGGACGAUAAGAAAGAUGCCCUCGAGGGUAUACUUUCGGAGUUCGUGGAAAGUGAUAUAGCGGCACAUGUAACUGAAAUCCUUGAAAAAUGGGAGGCAUGUCAGGUCAAAGCGGAGGAAGCGCCGAAGGCAAAUGUCGACGCGCAGCUCUCGAAACUAAUGGAGUCUCAAUCUUUAGCUACUACCACACGUAGAGAAUACACAGACGAAGAAAAAAAGAUACGCGAGGCCAUACUGUCCCAAUACAGUCAGCUGUCUGACAAUGAGGAAGAAAAAGAGAUAGCAGAAGAGCCAGACCCAGAUGAUAUGGUCAAGAACACAAAUGCAUCUGACGUUGCUGCAGCUGCACGGGAGCGUCGCGAACAGUGUCGUCAGGAAGCUCAACGUAAAAAAGAAAAAGAUAGAGAAGACAGAGAAAAGCAGAAGCAGCUAAAAGAAGAGAAGAAAGAGAAACGCAAGACUCAGAAAGGGGAACGAAAGCGGUAGCAGAGGAGUACCUAAGCACCCAUGCUGCUUACAACUUGCUUCACUGUUGUUGUAGGCGAGCGAAUCUGAGGUUAACUUAAAAAAGUUGUUAUUGGUCUGAGUGAGAUAAUACCAAAUACAGUUUUAUUGCCCCCAAUUUCUCACUUGAGAAUUUGGAGAACAGUGCAGUAUGAAAUGCAGCACUACUAUCAACUUUUUCCUGGUUUGUGGGGCAAUGCUUAAACAGGAUUCACAUUGGAAAUAUGGGGUAAAUUUAAAUGAGUUAGUCAUUGGUACUUUCUUUUUUGAAUACCAUUCUUAUAAUAUGAAAUGAUAUCCAUUGCAAUAAGAUAUUUAGAAAGUGGAAAUAAUUGUGGCUGACAAUUAAUACAGUAAUUAAAAUGAUUUACUUCAGGUUAGUGUGUCUAUAAUUUUAUAACUCUUCUUGAUGUAAAGAUAUGUUUGCAUUUAUUAAUAGUAUUUUAAAAGAAAAAUCUUCCAACUAGUUUAAAGUAGAGACUGUCUAUAUUUUUAUCUACAAACAUAGAAUUAAAGAGUGUUGUUUUCCCAGUCAGACCCAUAAUAAAGUCUUGUGGUGUUUUAUCAAUAGCAUACUAAUUACAGUAUUUAAUACCUCUUCUCUUUUUGUCUGUAUUAUGAAUAUAAUUAUGCCUUUUAGUCAUAAUUUUAGGUUUUGAUAUUACAAUACUAAUAUGAAAUAAAUUAUAUAAUAUGGAUGCAAUACAAGAAAAUAAAUAAUAUGUGUAUGUA